AAUCCACGUGCGUUCUCAAUUUAUACCCCUACGAUACAGCGAACGCUGCUGAAAUAGUUAAUAUGGAACUCAGCUCUAAGAUUAAAAUGAAGAGCGCAAGAAAACAAAAACGUGCAUACCACAGACUUAUUAAGGACAUGAAUAUUAUAUGUUGUGAUAAGCCUAUGAAAACUGUAUUGAUCUGCAACGCAGGAUUGUCUACUGGUUUUGAUAAGCAGAUGUUGGAGAGUAUUGUUAACCCUAUAAUAACAGAUUGUGAAUUUAUCAUGCCGCAAGGACGUUCUUAUUGCUUUAUAAGAUGUCGAUCAGAAACGGAUGCUGUUGAAUUAUAUAACAAACUACAUUGUCGAUUUAUAUUAAAUCCUCAAAGUACGACAUUGUAUUUGACAUAUAUUCAAUCAGUACCUGACUUAUAUAACGAUGCUUCUAAUUCUACAUUACCACCUGGUCUUAAACUAAUAGAAGAUUUUAUAGAUGAAAAAGAAGAAAAAUUAUUAUUGAAUAUAGUUGAUUGGACAAAUAUGGGUAACUAUAUUCAUAUCAGUAUUAAAGUACGUAUGCAAUAUAUAUUCUUUAGGAUUUUUUUCUCUUUAGGAUCUUUUUCAUCUGAUCUAAAACAAAGAAAAGUAAAACACUUCGGAUAUGAAUUUCAAUAUCAUUCGAAUAAAGUUGAUCCUAAUUUACCAAUUAUGCCAAUUCCAGAAGAAUGUAGUUUUUUACAGGAUUUAUUUAAAAAACAUGGAUGUGGAACAUAUGACUAUGAUCAACUUACUAUCAACCAUUAUUUACCUGGUCAAGGAAUACCUCCACACAUCGACACACAUAGUCCUUUCGAAGAUACUAUACUUUCUUUAUCAUUGAGUUCUUCUUGUGUUAUGAAUUUUAAGAAAGGAGACGUGAAAGUCAAUGUUGUUCUACCUCAACGUUCGUUGUUAGUUAUGACUGGUGAAGCUCGUUAUGCAUGGACACAUGGAAUUUCUUCAAAAUAUAGUGAUUUAAUUGAAACUACUAAUGGAGUUGUGAAACAAAUGCGAGGUGUAAGAACUUCGUUCACAUUUCGAAAAGUACGAAGAGAUCCAUGCUCUUGUAUUUUUGUAGAAUACUGCGAUACAAAGAAGGAUUCCUUUUCUUCUUUUAUAGACAAUAAGUCAGCAGCAGAAUUAGAACGGUCUUAUGUACAUAAAGUAUAUAAUGAAAUCUCGGAUCAUUUUAGUGAAACUAGGAGCAAAGGCUGGCCUAAUGUAAUCAAAUUUCUAAACAGUUUAAACGAUGGUGCAUUAGUAGUAGAUGUUGGUUGUGGAAAUGGCAAAUAUCUUUAUACAAAUGAAAAUAUUGUUAAAAUUGGCUGUGAUCGAAGUUCUAAAUUAGCAGAAAUAUGUAGAAAACGAAAUUUUGAAGUACUUUUAUCCGAUUGCUUACAUUUACCAUAUAAAGACAAUUCUGUAGAUUUUGCAAUAAGUAUUGCUGUUAUUCAUCAUUUGUCAACCCAAGAAAGAAGAAAAAGAGCAAUCUCUGAAAUGAUACGAAUACUUCGGCCAUACGGUAAAUGUUUGAUCUAUGUAUGGGCAAAAGAUCAAAAUAGAAAUUCUAAGCAAUCUAAUUAUUUAAAAUAUAAUACACAUAAGAAAAACGAAAAGGAAAAUGAUGAAUGCAUAUUACAAGGAACUGAUCAAAAUUUGUUACUUCCUAUACAUAAAAAUCGUACAGAAUUUACUCACAGUGAUAUGCUUGUACCUUGGAAAAAACGAACUGGUGACAAUUUUCUUAGAUAUUAUCAUCUUUUUGAAGAAAAAGAAUUAUCAGAAUUAUGUUCAGAGAUUCCUCUGGUAUUGAUCAAGGAUACCUACUAUGAUCAAGGUAAUUGGUGUAUAAUUUUAGAAAAGAAUAUGUAGGAGUGUAUAAAAAUAAAGAUACGAAAAUAAAA